AAAAGAAGAAGUGACAGCACUCUCCCCUAGACCUUUUCAGUCGGCAAAAUUUGAGGAAAGGACUGGAGCGAGGACAAACAAACAUGGCGGACGACAAUAGUGGAACAUUUCCUCUCGUCUCUGUUCUUUCGGAGUUUGAAAGCGUUUUCGAUCAGCCAGAAUCAUAUCUUAAACCUCCAGCUAUUCUUCAGAAAAACACUUUAUCUGCAAUCAAGCAAAUAUUUGAUUUUUGCAAGAAAGAUGAACUGAGUGGCACGCGUUCUCUUGAAAGCACGUGUCCUUUACAGGAACUCUUGGUGGAAAAUUUUGAUGAUGAACAGAUAUGGCAAGAGAUUGAACUGCAGAAUGCUCCUUUAUUGCGUGUCCUGAAACAAGACGUUCGUAAUUUAAAAGAAAACGUUGGUCAGCUUUCUCUUUUGCCAGGAAAUAGUAAAGUAGUGAAAGGAAAUCGGUUACAACGUUCAGACGAUGUUGUUAAUGAAAAUGGCAAUGGAUUUGUGAAGAAUGCAUCAGAAAGUGACACAGAAAGUGACAGAGUUAAUGAGGGAUUUAGUCCUGAUGAAGAUUCUGAUGAUCAAAUGGAUGAUGGUGAUGGACAUGAUAGUGAUGAUGGGGAAAAUGAGAAUGAUGAUGAUAACAAUGACAGUAACAACGUUAAGUCUUGUACUAAAAAUAACAGGAAACAAAAAUCAACAAAUAAGAAGUCUCAAGUUGAUGACAGUUUCUUCAAACUUUCUGAUAUGCUUCAGUUUUUAGACAAAGAGGACAGAAGAUAUGAAAGAGCACAUAGAAAGAAGAGCCAGAAGGAAAGUGUCGAUGAUGAGGAUGAUGAAGAUGAGAUUGACAGUGAAGCUGUUGAUUACUUUAUUGACAUGGACAGUGAUGACACAGAAGAAGAGGAGGAUGAAGAAUGGAGCAAAGCUCUUGGUGUCACUGAAUCCCUUCUAGGAAGGAAAAGGGAGUUAACAAAGAAAGAAAAGACAAGUGGAAAGUCUGCCAGGAGAAUGAAGUAUGCAGACUUCUUUGAUCCUCCUUAUGGAGAACUAAGUGUAGACUUAGGAAGUGGAGGAGAAGGUGAAGAAGAUAAUGAAAAUGAAUCAGAUGAGCAGGAGGAAUUUGACAAAGAUGCAGAAAAGGAAAUAGAGGAUGAUCAUGUUUCUGCUAACAGUGAGGAUGGAGAUGACUCUGACAGUGAAGAGAAGUCUAAAGCAAUAUCAAAUUUUGAGAAAAAACAACAAAAGCUUAAAGAGAAAAUUGAAAAACUGGAGAAAGCCAACUUGGCUCAAAAACCAUGGCAGAUGUCUGGAGAGGCAGGUGGUAAUAUACGACCAAUUAACAGCUUGCUUGAAGAAGAUGUCAGCUUUGACCACACCACUACUACUGCUCCAGAUAUAACAGAAGAAACAACUCAAAACCUUGAGGACUUGGUGAAACAAAGGAUCAAAGAUGAAGCGUGGGAUGACGUGGAACGUAAAGUUAAGCCUGUCGUGGAGCCUUUUGAAUACAAGAAGAAGGUACCACUGGAUCAGGAAAAAAGCAAAUUAAGUCUCAGUCAAAUCUACGAACAGGAAUACCUCAAACAAACACAGGCUGAAGCAGAAGAAAAAGAAAAUGAAGAGCAUGUUGAAAUUAAAGCCUUGAUGACGAAACUCUUCACCAAGCUUGAUGCCUUGUCAAACUUUCAUUUUACUCCCAAACCGCCUAAACCAGAGCUUAAAGUUGUCAGCAAUGUGCCUGUAAUUUCGGUUGAAGAGGUCGCCCCGGUGUCUGUGAGCGAUGCAAUGAUGUUGGCUCCGGAGGAAAUCCACGAAAAGAAAAAAGAACAGAAAGGAAGUACGGAGAAAACAGAGAUCGAUCGAAAGCGUGAAAGACGAGAAAAGAAAAGAAGGCAGCAUGAACGAGCCGUGGCUAGAGAGAAGCGAAGAAAACUCGUGGAGAAACUCAAUCCUGGCCUGGGAAAUAAGCAUUCAAAGAAAGCUGCGCUGAUGAAGCUGGAAAAAGAUGUCAAAUCUUCGAAAAAUGUUUCGCUGUUGAAAGACGAGGGAAAUUACAAGCCGGUGAAGUCAUCUUCAGCUUUCUUCUCUCGUCUUCAGGACGAGGUCAGAGAUCAAGUGAAAGCAAAGAAAGAAACGAAGAGAAAGAAAGACAAGUCUACUGUAAAAGUCUCGCAACUGAAACUUUGAUGGUGAUUUGAAGAACUAAUUCUUAGCCUAGGCUUUGAAAAUACAGCAUGGAGCAGGUUUUUUGUUUAUAGUCUCUAUAAAAUGGAAGUCCGCACACAAUAAGAUUUUGAGCCAAUCCACGGUCGAAAAACCUACAAUUACAUGUAAAGCUACACGUAUCACAGCUCAAAGCAGACCUGUAUGCGGUGUCUGGCUGCGGGAGAAAAGAUUGGCUGAAUUAUAAUAAUGAAGAGAUAACAGCUUCUCGCUGAUUGGUCAGGGCACAUUGCAUGUGCUAGUUAUACUGCUCGACAAAUGCAGCUCAAGAAUCUAUCUUAGUUACUUUCAAAGUCAUUUGAAAUGCGAUCAAUAAACAUAGUGCUUUGUUAUAUCGCUGCUUCUCCUUAAUUAUUGUGAGCGGUAAUGUUAUUGACCCACUUGGUAGAGAUACUAGUUAUCAGUUCGUAUAGUGUGAUCGUCCGGGUGAAGAAAGUUCUGAAAAGAACUGUUGUUGAUGACUG